AUGACCAGAAGGAAACUGACGUUUGCACCAGCAAUUGAAGUUGACGCGACGUCACAGACGCAAGUCUCGGACGAGAGCAUCACUGACAUCAUGGUGUCACCGAGCCUCACUUUCGAUGAUUCACGUGACAGCGGUUUUGAGUCACAAGAGAGUGACAAUGAGACAUCACCAGUUCGCGGGGCACACCUUCCAACAAGUUGCAACCAUGGGUUUGGGAAAUGCAUCCUUUCAGGAAACACGUCGGACGACGAUAUAUUCAAUGAAGUUUCAUUCGGGGAAAGUAAAUCAGCCAAGGCGGAAGUGACAUCAGAGACAAUGAAAACAGCUGUUGACCGGAUGGAGAAUUUAGAUGAUCUGAUUGGUGACGGGUCAAAGAUAUGCAACCUUCCGACCAUAACAGGCAGACACAAGGAUCUUAAGUCAGUGUCUCCACUCACAGUCAGUCAACUUCUGGAGGGAAAGUUCGAUGACGUCAUCUCCGGGUACCAGAUCAUUGACUGUCGGUACCCGUAUGAAUAUGAAGGCGGACAUAUUGAGGGAUCAGUGAACCUUCACAACGAGGCCCUGAUCACGGAUUUAGUCACCAGUCUUCGUGGGGGAGAGUGCUUCCAACAGAAUAUCCUCGUCUUCCAUUGUGAAUUCUCAUCAGAGAGAGGGCCAAAACUAUUACGUCAUCUGAGAAACUUAGACCGGAUGCUGAACAGUGACCGCUACCCGUUCCUCUUCUACCCGGAAGUGUAUCUGCUGGAUGGCGGAUACAAGGCCUUCUAUGAACAACAUCAGGUUCAAUGUCAACCAAGAAACUACCUUCCCAUGCUGCACCAGGACUACGCGAAAGAACUAAGUCACUUCCGGGUAAAAACAAAAUCAUUGAAAGCUGGGAAGAAACAGAGCAUGCACAGUCGACGUCAUCAUAUGAAUCUGUCCCCGAUUAAGUUUUCCUCGUUAUAG